AGGAUUUUGAAAGUGAGCCAAAUGUAAAGGCCUUCAACUGUUUCGUGCUACAAAGUCUCUGAGCAUCUUCAAUAACAUACUGCAACCUUACUAAAAUCUUCAGUGGGUGUUAAUAAUUCUCAAUUUUGAAGAGCAGAUUAUCUCGGAGUGACAAGUCCAGUUGUUUUAAUAGGAGAUUAUCCAAUAAUUUUAUCACUGAUCAUUCCAAUAUAAACAGUCAGACAUCACAAAAGUACUGAGCUGGAAAUUACAAGAUAGUGCACGAGUGAGUGAAAUAUUAAAAUGUGAAACUGAGAUAAAGAGAUUUAAGUGGAAUUGCCAUGGAAUAAAGGCAGUGAAAUGAUGAAAUCGAAAUUUUCUAAAUCAGCACUAUACAGUACAUAGAAAAACCACAAAAUCAGUGUGUAAAGGAGAGACAAUAAAAGAACAAAGCCAACUGGCAUAAAAUGUUUUAAAAUACAGGAUUUUUCUCUCAGCUGUUUGAGGUUUUGAAAUCAAGUAACUGAAUAUGAUGGUAACAAAAAUACUAAUUCCUUUACUCCUCAUAACCACACUACAUAUCUCGGGUAGGCCAAAUAGACAUAGAAAGAAUUUGAGACACCAACAUGGAAAGAAAACGAGACACCAACAUCUGAAAAAUCCAAGAACCAAACAGGAACAUGUAUUAAAGCCAUUAAAGCCAAGGAUUAGACUUCGCAUAACCAGGGACUUUCUUCCCAUUGAUGAUAAGACCAAUACUAAUAAAGAACAAAGGGAUUCGGGACUUAUAUCUCCAUGGCGUCCACUUGUAGGACCAAAAAAACUGGUCCAAAAAUGUGACAAUGCUGAGAAGAUUUUUAGCAGUGAUGAAAAGGGUAUUUCAUUAAGGGAGGCUCAACGUAAGGCUUCUGCUUCUGGAACUGAGGAUUGGGUUAAAUCAAGAAAACACAAUGUUUUGGACCGGAUGGAUCCUUUGUACAGUAUGAGUCCUAGUGUUGGCGGGAACAGGGGGCCAGCUGGACAGGUGAAAAAUAGUGAUUAUGAUGACAAUAUCUACAGUUUCUUCACAUGUAAUGUAUGUGAAACGAAGAAAUUCUUCAUCACAGAGGAGUUCUUGACAGAUACUAAAACCAACCGUCAACUUCAUCUGGUUCAGUUAGGACAUCUCAACCCUCCAAAAUACCAGAAUAUACAGAUUGGGCUGUGCAAAAAUAAAGGUAGAUGUUCAAAUGGCGGAAAAUGCACAGAAGAGACAAUUGUACAUUAUGUAUUUGUACACACAGACAGUGGGACUGGCUAUGAAUUUGCACCUAUACACCUACCUGGAUACUGCUCUUGUAAAAAUACAUUCAAAUAAAUGGACAGAAUUAACAUUCAAGAGUGUAUUUUAUUUUCUUCGAUGACACACCUGCCAUUGAUAAAGAUGAGGGUGUAACAGAAUCAGAAACCAGCGGGUCAGACUCUUGUUCUGCAUGUUAACAAGGAAUAUGUAUUAGAAUACAACUAAAUAGUAGAUCCUGUUUGCUACAAUGCCUACGAUUUGUAUAUUCAGUAGGGACCUCAAUUAUUUUAUAAACUGUGACACACAUUCUUAUAUGAAUCUUAAUGUACAAUUGGAGUAGCAAUGGAACACUUAAAACAAUGUUGGAAACAGAUGUAUAUUUUUAUUUGAAAAUAAAUCUAUAAAUAAUUAAUUUUAAA